AUGCAGAUCAAGAAACUGCUGAGAGAAAAAAGGCUCGAGGACAUCGUAGAUAAAAACUUAAUAACUUAUGAUCCCAAAGAGGUCGAGACAAUCAUUCAGGUUGCAUUGCUCUGCACCCAAAGUUCACAGGAAGAUCGUCCAAAGAUGGCAGAAAUUGUAAGCAUGCUGCAAGGGGUGGGUUUGUCGGAGAGAUGGGCCGAGUGGGAGCAGCUUGAAGAAGUAAGAAAUCAAGAAUUUUCCCUCAUGUCUCACCAAUUUGCUUGGGCCGAAGAAUCCACACAUGACCAACAAGCUAUUCAGUUGUCAGAAGCAAGAUAG